AUGGCGGACGCCGCCAGUGCAGCGGGAGGGCCCGGAGGACCCGGGGGUCCAGGGUUAGGAGGGCGAGGCGGCUUCCUCGGAGGAUUUGGCAGUAGUCUUAGGGGCCGCGGUCGUGGCCGCGGGGCUCGUGGAAGAAAAGCCGAAGACAAGGAGUGGAUCCCUGUCACCAAACUGGGCCGCCUGGUUAAGGAUAUGAAGAUCAAGUCCUUGGAGGAGAUUUAUUUGUUCUCCCUGCCCAUUAAGGAGUCCGAGAUUAUUGACUUUUUCCUGGGCGCAUCCCUAAAGGAUGAAGUUCUCAAGAUCAUGCCAGUGCAGAAGCAGACAUGGGCUGGCCAGCGGACCAGGUUCAAGGCUUUUGUCGCUAUUGAGGACUACAAUGGUCACAUUGGUCUUGGUGUUAAGUGCUCCGAGAAGGUAGCCACUGCUAUCCGAGGGGCCAUCAUCUUGGCCAAGCUUUCCAUUGUCCUUGUGCGGAGAGGCUACUGGGGGAACAAGAUUGGCAAGCCACACACUGUUCCAUGCAAGGUGACAGGCCGCUGUGGCUCUGUUUUGGUGCGUCUCAUCCCUGCCCCCAGAGGCACUGGCAUUGUCUCAGCUCCUGUGCCCAAGAAGCUACUGAUGAUGGCCGGUAUUGAUGACUGCUACACAUCAGCCAGGGGCUGUACUGCCACCCUGGGCAACUUUGCCAAGGCCACUUUUGAUGCCAUUUCCAAGACCUACAGCUACCUGACACCAGACCUCUGGAAAGAAACUGUGUUCACUAAGUCUCCUUAUCAGGAAUUCACUGAUCAUCUUAUGAAAACCCACACCAGGGUGUCUGUUCAGAGGACCCAGGCUCCAGCUGUGGCUACCACAUAAGGGUUUUUACAAGAAAAAUAAA